ACCGGAGACACCUCCCACUUCCACCAGCAUUUGAAAGUCACUUCCUCCAUGUGAUGUACUUGAACCUACAUUCCCCUCUGAGUCCUCAUUCUGCUGGCAGGGUGUCUGCUGCACCGCUGAAACUCCUCGAGCCGAAUCGCCCCCGCGCGACUCCCAGUUCACCAUGUCCAGGAAGGUUGUGAGGACCAGUAAGUUCCGUCACGUCUUUGGUCAGGCUGUGAAAGCGGACCAGUGCUACGAUGACAUCCGAAUCUCCCAGAUGACAUGGGACAGCAACUUCUGCUCUGUUAACCCCAAAUUUGUGGCCAUGAUUGUGGAUGCCAGCGGUGGAGGAUCCUUCAUCGUGCUGCCCCUGAACAAGACAGGACGUAUCGACAUGUCCUACCCCACCGUGUGCGGCCACACGGGACCGGUCCUGGACAUCGAGUUCUGUCCUCACAAUGACAACAUCAUCGCCAGUGGCUCAGAGGACUGCAGUGUCAUGAUUUGGGAGAUCCCAGACGGCGGGCUGAUCUCGCCACUCACAGACCCCGUCGUCAAGCUGGAGGGCCACUCCAAGCGUGUGGGCAUCCUGAGCUGGCACCCCACCGCCCACAAUGUGCUGAUGAGUGCAGCCUGCGAUAAUGUGGUCAUCCUGUGGAACGUGGCUUGCGGGGAGGCCGUCGUGAGGAUCGACAGCGUGCACACCGACCUCAUCUACAGCGCCUGCUGGAACAGGGACGGCUCCAGGAUCCUCACCUCCUGCAAAGACAAGACCAUGCGGGUGCUGGACCCACGCAAGGGCACCGUCCUCAUCGAGAAGGAGAAGCCUCAUGAGGGCUCCCGGCCUGUCAGGGCCGUGUUCAUGUCCGACGGGAAGAUCCUCAGUACGGGCUUCAGCCGCAUGAGCGAGAGACAGGUGGCGCUGUGGGACCCGAAGAACUUUGGAGAGCCGCUGACCCUGCAGGAACUGGACACCAGCAGUGGUGUCCUUCUGCCAUUUUACGACCCAGACACCGGAAUCGUCUACCUCUGUGGCAAGGGGGACAGCAGUAUCCGUUACUUUGAGGUGACGGAUGAAGCUCCCUAUGUCCACUACCUGUCCAUGUUCAGCAGCAAGGAGAGCCAGAAGGGGAUGGGAUACAUGCCCAAGAGGGGUCUGGAGGUCAACAAAUGUGAAAUCGCCAGGUUCUACAAACUCCAUGAGAGGAAAUGUGAGCCCAUAGUCAUGACGGUGCCUCGCAAGUCUGAUCUGUUCCAGGAGGAUCUGUACCCAGACACCAUCGGCCCCGAGCCUUCGGUCGAAGCUGACGAGUGGUUUCAAGGAAAAGAGGCUCCUCCGAAUCUGAUCUCUCUAAAGGACGGGUUUGUAGCAACCACCAAAGCCAAGGAGUUCAAAGUUCACAAGAGUCUCCUGAAGACCACGACCGCCUCUGCAGGGAAUCAGCAGGACAGCAGCGGGGAGGUCCAGUCCUUGAGAAAGGAGGUGAAGGAGCUCAGAGCAGCGAUGGAGGAGCUGACCAAGCGUGUGAAAGAGCUGGAGAGCAAGUAAACUACAAGUCAAGAAGAAGUCAAGAGAGAAGCAGUGGAGCAAACUAAGACUGUUGUAACUUCUGAUUGUAGUGAGACAAAGGGAGACAUUUCAGACAACAGUUGGAAAAACAAAAAACAACAAAGAAACUUCAUUUUUCUUUAAACUUGAAUUUGUUUAUUUGGUUUGUCCAAUCAGUUUAAAAAAAUCCUAUUUUAAUAUAUGCUUUUAGUUUGAAAUAAAGUCUUCUGUAUUUUCAAAA